AUGGCACAGAAUGAAACGAAUGGCGGUUCAAAUCAACGUGAUAGAAAUGCUACCAGCAGCUCCGCUAGUAACAGGACCGUUAACAAAAGUUCCGCUAACAGCGGCUCCGUUUACAGCACCGAGAAAUGCGCAGUGGAUCUGUCGUUCCUCGCCGUCGGAUGCAAUCGUGUCGCGCACGCUGCUGCGUGGGGCCCGUCGGGGCUGCUCGCCUUCGCCGCGCACCACGGCGUCGCCAUAUGCGACACUCAGGUGCGACAGAUGAGUCGCUCAGAAAUCACGGCUGGUGGCGCAGCUGCCAGGCCACUCGUCUCGAGUCAACUGCUGCCACUGGCUGCCGCAACACCUGCACCUGUUACCUGGCACCAGCGCACCUCCCGAGCAUGUGCUCCUAUCGGGCAGCGCAAGCGGGUCACUGGUGGCGUGGACUUACCACCUAGGCUCGCAGCAGGUGAGAGGAGAGGGGGGACUGGUGGGAAGAGGGGAGGCACGAGGAGUGGGGGCGGGAAACGCAGGGAAGUUGGGGAAGUACGUGCUCCUGUCAGGGAGUGCAAGCGGGUCACUGGUGGCGUGGCGUGGUCUUACCACGCGGGCUCCCAGCAGGUGGGGGGAGAGGGGGGAGUGGUGGCAGGGGGGGUUUGUGGGGUAGGGAAACGGGCCCUGCUUCACAUGCCUCUUCUCAUCUCCUUCUCCUCAUUCUCUCCUCUUUCCCCCCCGUCCAUUCCCCCCUCGCAGUGGUCGCAGCAGCAGCACCUGCCAGCAGCGCACAGCAAGGCCAUCACCAGCAUAUCCUCCCUGCUGCUGCCUCUCUCCUCUGCCCUGCCUCCACACACGCCUCACCACAUGCCUAAUGCCAUGUCCCCUGGUUCCCAUCUCUCCCGUUUCUCACCCCCCUCGCAGUGGUCGCAGCAGCAGCACCUGCCAGCAGCGCACAGCAAGGCCAUCACCAGCAUAUCCUCCCUGCUGCUGCCUCUCUCCUCUGCCCUGCCUCCACACACGCCUCACCACAUGCCUAAUGCCCUGUCCCCUGGUUCCCAUCUCUCCCGUUUCUCACCCCCCUCGCAGUGGUCGCAGCAGCAGCACCUGCCAGCAGCGCACAGCAAGGCCAUCACCAGCAUAUCCUCCCUGCUGCUGCCUCUCUCCUCUGCCCUGCCUCCACACACGCCUCACCACAUGCCUAAUGCCCUGUCCCCUGGUUCCCAUCUCUCCCGUUUCUCACCCCCCUCGCAGUGGUCGCAGCAGCAGCACCUGCCAGCAGCGCACAGCAAGGCCAUCACCAGCAUAUCCUCCCUGCUGCUUCCUCUCUCCCCUGCCCCGCCUCAUCACUCACCUGAUGACACGCCGUCCCCCCACACACCUGACGACACACCCCCUCCACCCCCGGCUGCACUGGUGGUUACCACCUCGGCGGAUGGCACAGUGGGCGUGUGGGCCGCCAGCUGGCAGGGCGGGGCGGGAGUCGCAGCAGAUGCAGCAUCGGUGCCAGCAGAGUCAGCAUCGGCGCCAGCAGCGCCAUGUGGGGAGCGGGACUCAGGGUUUAAGUUCUCCCUGAGUGCACUGGAGCGCAUCGAAGUGGGCGGGCUGUGCAUGGAGGCCUCUGCGCUCUGCUGCCUGCCUGCUGGGGGGGCAGGGGCGGGUAGGGGUGGCGAUGGAGAGAGGGGUGGGGAUGCAGGGAGGCAUGGGAGUGUGUUGCUGGCGUUGGGGGGCCUGGACAACAAAGUGCACCUCUACACUCGCCCGCUCAUGCCGUUCCCCCCCUCGGUGCGCUUCACGAGGGUGUGUUCGCUGGCAGGCCAUCAGGACUGGAUCCGCUCGCUCGCCUUCUCCCUCCCCAUGCUCGCCCCUCCCCCUGCUUCCACUGCGUCUGCCGCAUCUGCUGCGCCACCACCUCCGCUGUCUGAAGCAGCAGCAGCUGCGGGAGCGGCAGCACCCGCGUCCCCCAGCACACCCCACGUGCUGCUCGCGUCUGCCUCUCAGGAUCGCAACGUGCGCGUCUGGAAGCUCGCGCUCUCUCCUCCUGCUCCUGCUGCUGCUGGCACUGACACGGCCUACAGCAGCGCUGCAAGUGCUGCUCAUUCCGAUCUUCUAAAAGAGUUUGGGGAGCUAGGGGGUUAUACAGCUGGCCCCUGCUUCCAAUCAGGAGAGGACACGUGGCAGGUCAUGCUGGAUGGGCUGCUGGUGGGGCACGAGGAUUGGGUGCACUCAGUGACGUGGCACCCUCCUAUUCGCUCUCGCCAUUCCGUCCCGUCCUCCGUUCCUGUUCUACCUGUUGCCAAGCCUUUCAGCUCCGAGCCUGAUUUUUCCAAACCUGCUGCUUCCAAUCCUGCACAAGCCACUCUUUUCCAGCCCCUGCGCCUGCUGACGUCAUCAAUGGAUCGCACCAUGCUGAUGUGGCAGCCUGCCACGUGGCAGGGGGCUGGAGGACUCUGGCUGGCAGAUGUCAGCCUGGGAGAGGUGGGGCACUCGUCUCUGGGGUUCUUUGGCGGUGUGUGGUCGCCACGUGGCGACGCGACUGCUCGCAUCUUUGCCCAUUGGGAGGAUGGCGGCGCUGCGCCCGGCAGUACAGGUGGUGGUGGUGGUGGUGGUGGUGGUGGUGGUGGUGGUGGUGGUGGUGCGGACGAGCAGCAGGCACAGGGGUGGCGGGAGACGGCUCGCCCGCAGGUGCACGGCCACGACCUCAAAUGCGCCGCCUUCUGCCCGAGCCUCAGGCUCGGCGACGGCUCGGACGGAGGUUCCGGUGCUGUUGAAGGGGCUGGUGGGGAGGGGAGGUGCAACGGGGUAGGGGGAGACUCAGGGCGGUCGGAUGGCAGGACGGAUGGGGCACAGGGAGGGGCGGAGGGAUCACAGGGAGGGGCGGAGGGAUCACAGGGAGGGGCGGAGGGAUCACAGGGAGGGGCGGAGGGAUCACAGGGAGGGGCGGAGGGAUCACAGGGAGGGGCGGAGGGAUCACAGGGAGGGGCGGAGGGAUCACAGGGAGGGGCGGAGGGAUCACAGGGAGGGGCGGAGGGAUCACAGGGAGGGGCGGAGGGAUCAGAGGGAGGGGCGGAGCGGGCACAGGAAUCACAGGGAGGGGCAGAGGGGGCGGAGGGAUCAAAGGGUGGGGCGGAGCGGGGUCUGGUGUACGUGAGUGGCGCGGAGGAGAAGGUGGUUCGCGUGUUUGAGUCGCCCCAGCUGUUCCUUGACUCCCUCCUCUUCACCCGCUCUGCUGCCUCGUGCCCUUCAGCAGAGGAGGGGGGAGGUGCUUGUCGGGAGGGUAGCAGAGAGGGGGAUGCAGCAGCAGCGGCAGCAGCAGCAGUGGCGCAGCAAGGGAAGGGUGUGGCGAUGGCAGCGAGCAUGUCUGCUCUCGGCCUUUCACAAAAGCCCAUCUACUCCUCUGCUGCCGCUGGUAUAAGUCUUGGUCCCUCGCAGAGGCCUGUCUACUCUGCUGCUGCCACUGGCAUCGUGGCACCCAUGUUACCCUCUUUCUCACUCCUCCCGUACCCCUUCCUUAACCCCACCUCCCUCCCUCCUUCCCCAGCUCCCAGCGAUCCCACCUCCACUCUCACCUCCUCCCUCGGCUACUCCCAGGACGCCAUCCUGCUGCUCACCUCCCCCUCCCCUCUGGGCCCUCUACACCCUCUGGGCGUCGUCCACUCUCACCUCCUCCCUCGGCUACUCCCAGUACGCCACCCUCGAUGGGAGGGGGAUGCUAACGACGCCAUCCCGCUGCUCACCUCCCCCUCCCCUCUGGGCCCUCCCCCCCAGCUCCCAGCAACACUGACUCCACCCUUGCCUCCUCCCUCGGUUACUCCCACUCCCAGCGACCCUGACUCCACGCUAGCAUCCUCCCUCGGUUACUCCCAGUACGGGGAUGCUGACGACGCCAUGCCACUGCCGCCCGCCGUGCUGCAGCAGCCGCCCAGAGAGGAGCAGCUGGCGGGCGGCACGCUUUGGCCGGAAGUGCGAAAGCUGUACGGACACGGGAAUGAGAUCCUGUGCUGCGCUGCUGACCACGGCGGAAGGUUCCUGGCAACUGCCUGCAAGGUAGGAGAGACAGACGCAGCAGUAUAA